GGGAGACUCCUCCGUCCUCCUCCGGUCUUCACCCCGAUAGUCCGCCUCCUCACCGGGACCCUCCGAGCGACGACAUGCGGGCAGCGGGGCUCCGGCUGGCGGCGGCUCUGGCUCUGCUCGCCGCGGCGCUGAGCGACUCUGAGGCGGAGGUGAUCGAUGACAUCCUGGGCAGCCUCUCCCGGGGAGCGUCCUUCCUGGAGCGGCAGCAUGAGCACAUCAACCUGGACGGGGUGGUGGGCUUCGUCAUGCUGCAGGCUGAACUGAAGGAAGCAGUCCGGACUUGGCCUCACACCGACCCGGUCAGCUGGGCUCAGAGAACCUCCGCCGUCACUUUGGUCAAACGUUUGGACCAGCACCUGGAAAAGGCAGUUGCCGCCCUGAAACAGAAUGAUCCCAAAUACUACAGAGAGUUCGAGCCUCUGCUGUCAUGGACCUUCUGGCUGAUUCCUCAAGAGUGGAGCGCCACAGACUCCAGCCUGGUUUAUCCGUCCACCAUGACCACCGAGUGCUAUGACGAGCAGCUCAGUGACAAAUGUUUGACUCUGCUGCUGGGAACUUGGAAGAUGAAUGGGACGCCCUGCAUCGUCACCAAACCCUGCCGGGACACCAUGACUCGCUUCGGAUGCCCUCACUACUCCCUGUCACACCAGCUGCUCUACUUCAUGAUUGGAAAAAUGCGAGGCUGCACCAACCUGCUGAAAGGCGACACUCGAGUGUCCAGAGCCAACAUGACCGAACUGAACUACCAGAAGAUCUUCUGCUCCAACAUGAUGAAGACCAACCAGGAUAUCAUCAAAGAUGGUUUGACCGAACAGACCGUCGACAUAUUCAUCGAGAACAUCCUGAUCUGCGGAUUGGCCGGUUUCUCCGACUUCCACAAAGCUGAUUGGCUGCAGCACAUCCUCAGGCUGCAGGAUGAGGAAGUAGGCUGCUUUGGGAGAGACAAGAGCAUCAUGUCUCAGAUCAUUGGAGACGAACUGCUGGAACAGCUGCAGCCUCACAGGAGAGUCAAGAGGAGGGAGAAGAUACUCCCAGAUGGCUGUUCCAGUCACAUGACGGCGGUGGCUGUGGGCGCUCUGGGAGGAUACCUGAACUACUACCUGACGGAACAGGACAUAACCAAGAGGCCGCUGUCCUGAACCUCCCACCUUCCUCACCCUGCAGGGGGAGUUAACUGGUAGAUCAUCAGAAAGAGCUGUUCCUCAAUGACGGAGACUCACUCCAGACACAACACGAUGUUUCAUGAACACAGAUGAUGAAUGUUUUAAUAAGAUGCUGGGAUGUUUAUGGCACAAAAUGGAAACCAAGGCGAGUUUUUUUCAUAUUAUACUUAUCGAAAUAUAUUGGAUUGUGUGAGUAUAGGCAGUGUAUAAAUACUACAAUAAGCUGAAAGUAAGCGACACUCCAAUCCUAAGAGAAACGCUCAGAUAUAAAUAACUGAUUGAAAAAAGGUAAAUCUGAUCUUUGUUUAUGGCUUCUGCGCAAAUUUAUUAGUUUUUGAUACCAAUUAAUCACUUUGUUACUCAACCAACAAACUUUUGAGCUCUAAGACAAAAACCGAGAACAAAUCUUUGUUAGAUUUGUGUAGCCCACCUGGAGUUGUGGAUAUUUUCUGAAAAUCUUGAUAUUACCAGAAAAUCUGAGGUUCUACUAAUUCUAGUAGGACAAACCUCGGAGGAUUUAUGUGAUUUUCUGUCUCGCAAGCGUGUUUCUCGUGAAUUUCUGCUUCUUGCGUGAGGUUGUGUAUCAAUUUCAAAUGUCUGGGAAGUACAAAACACAUGUAACUAAUUUGUCAACAAGACAGAAAAUACAUGUUGCGCAUUCAGAGGGAUUCAGAGAUUUUAGGACUGGGUUUGGCAUUACAAGACAUCUUCGGCAGGAUUUUUGUCUAACUUGACCAAAACUAAACAGCCUGAUUGGAGCAUCUCUAUCUGAAACUUGUUUACUUUACAUUUACUCUACUGUUAAGAAAAGGAUCAAAAUCAGCUAAUGUGGUCGUUUUGCAGAUGCAGGAUGCUUCGGAUUUGUUUAGAAAAACAACAAGAACGUCUUUAUUUCCAUGAAAAUGUGUUUUUGCUUUUCACUAACAUGUAACCAGCUGAAUAUAAAGCCACUGGAGUAUUAAGGCGGCAGUCCAGCACUGACCAAAGAGGAUCUGCAUGAACUAUGAAUGUAUGUAGAUGAACUUACAUAUUAUCAUUGUAGUGUAAAGUUAUGUUAGCGAAAUAAAGACUAAUAAAAAUCAAA